GGAUUGUAGACUACUUUUAUAACUUCCUCCUCUGUAGUCUCUCUCCGUCACUCUGCUCUAUCAGUGCUCCAGGCCAUGUCAUCAAUGGCAUCGCUGCUCCGGCGAAGGCUUCCACGCAGAAUCUUUAUAGUUCAGAAGAAGGCAUUCUCGUCAUCUCCGGACGAAGGCUACACUGCGCGACGGAUAGAGAAGAUUUUGAUCGCGAACAGAGGCGAAAUUGCUUGCAGAAUUAUUCGGACUGCGAAGCGGUUGGGGAUUCGAACUGUCGCCGUUUUCAGUGAUGCGGAUAGGGAUUCGCUUCACGUGAAAUCGGCCGACGAGGCCGUGCAUAUCGGUCCACCACCGGCUCGAUUAAGUUACUUGAGUGCUCAGUCGAUUAUUGAUGCUGCGGUGCAUACUGGCGCGCAGGCUAUCCACCCAGGCUAUGGUUUUUUAUCAGAAAGUGCUGCAUUUGCUCAACUUUGCGAGGAUGAGGGUCUUACAUUCAUAGGACCUCCAGCAUCCGCUAUCCGUGACAUGGGUGAUAAAAGUGCAUCAAAGAGAAUAAUGGGUGCAGCUGGGGUACCACUUGUACCUGGAUACCAUGGAAAUGAACAAGAUAUUGACUUUAUGAAAUCAGAAGGAGAGAAAAUUGGAUAUCCUGUCUUGAUAAAGCCAACCCAUGGAGGUGGAGGAAAGGGUAUGAGGAUUGUGCAAAGUCCAAGUGAAUUUGUUGAAGCUUUUUUGGGAGCACAACGUGAAGCUGCUGCUUCUUUUGGCAUAAACACAAUCUUGCUGGAGAAAUAUAUCACAAAGCCAAGGCACAUAGAAGUCCAAAUAUUUGGGGAUAAAUUUGGCAAUGUUCUUCAUUUAAAUGAGAGAGAUUGCAGUGUACAGAGAAGACACCAGAAGAUAAUUGAGGAAGCUCCAGCUCCAAACAUUGUCAAUGACUUCCGCACCCACUUGGGUCAAGCUGCUGUAUCUGCAGCCAAGGCAGUUGGCUAUCACAAUGCUGGCACAGUGGAGUUUAUAGUGGAUACCAUCUCAGGCCAAUUUUAUUUUAUGGAGAUGAAUACCCGCCUUCAGGUUGAGCACCCUGUGACUGAGAUGAUUGUUGGGCAAGAUCUUGUAGAGUGGCAAAUCCGUGUUGCAAAUGGCGAACCUCUGCCCAUGAAUCAGUCACAAGUGCCCUUAUUAGGUCAUGCCUUUGAAGCCCGAAUAUAUGCUGAAAAUGUUUCAAAAGGAUUUCUUCCAGCCACUGGAAUUCUUCAUCAUUAUCGUCCUGUCCCAGUCUCUUCAACAGCAGUUCGGGUUGAAACUGGAGUUGAACAAGGAGACACUGUUAGCAUGCAUUAUGACCCUAUGAUUGCUAAGCUUGUAGUAUGGGGAGAAAAUCGGGCUGCAGCAUUAGUUAAAAUGAAGGAUUGCUUAUCAAAAUUUCAGGUUGCAGGUUUGCCAACCAAUAUCAAUUUCCUCCAAAAACUUGCUAACCAUUGGGCAUUUGAAAAUGGAAAAGUUGAAACCCAUUUUAUUGAGCACUUUAAAGAUGACCUGUUUGUUGAUCCAAGUAAUUUAUUAUUAGCAAAUGAAGCUUAUGAUGCUGCUAAAUUCAGUGCAGUUCUUAUAGCUGCAUGUGUUUGUGAAAAGGAACGUUGUAACUUGAAGGAAAGUCCUCCUGGCGGCAAAAGCUCACUCUCAAUAUGGUAUGCAUAUCCCCCUUUCAGAGUCCAUCAUAGUGCUAGGCGCACAAUGGAACUUGACUGGGACAAUGAAUACGAUAGCAGUAGCUCAAAGCUUUUGACAUUUUCCAUCACUUUUCAGCCAGAUGGAAACUAUCUAAUAGAGACAGGAGAAGAAAACUCCCCUGAUUGGGAAGUCAAAGUAGCACAUCUAGGCAAUUCUGAUUUCAGAGUUGAAGUUGAUGGUGUGAGCAGGGAUGUUAGUUUAGCUGUUUACUCCAAGGAUCAGACUAAGCAUUUCCAUAUAUGGCAUGGUUCACAUCAUCAUACUUUCAGACAAAGGGUUGGGCUUCAGUUGUCUGCUGAUGAUGAAGCGCAACACAAGCCCAGUUUUGAGGCCACAUCUCAUCCUCCAGGGACUGUGGUUGCACCCAUGGCUGGUUUAGUGGUUAAGGUUCUAGUGAAGGAUGGGACCAACGUGGAAGAAGGGCAACCUAUAUUAGUGUUAGAAGCGAUGAAGAUGGAGCAUGUUGUGAAAGCACCAUCUGGUGGGCAUGUCCAUGGGCUUCAGGUCACAGCUGGCCAACAGGUUUCUGACGGUAGUUUUCUCUUCAGUGUCCAGGCAUGUGCUGAAGUAGAUUACCAAAUAUGGCCAGGAUGAGUCAAAAUGAUCGAAUCUUGCUGAGGCAAAUCCCAAUUUGAUGAUGUACAAAUGACAGUUCGUGGCAGUCUCCCCAGCAUAACUGCAGUUUAUUGGCAAUCCUCACCCAGGCAAAAGUGAAUUGAGGCUCCAACAGUUCAUGGUACUGCAAGUUGUAACUUCAUUUAUGGGGUAAGAAAGCAAGCCAUAAUGCCUGGAUUGAAUAAUCUAUUUAAUAAAAUAAAAGUGCAACUUUUUCAGGAUGUUACAGAAGAAGUGUUUGUGUCUGGGAAAAUAAUUUUGCCAUUCCUUCUUGGUCAA